AGUGCACCGUGCAUAUAGAAAAGUCGUCACGCAGGCGAUACUGUUUCUGAGCUCGCUGAAGCUGCUGUUCAUAUAGCGCAAAUUGGCAGUGCCAGCAUCUUGGAUCAGUAGGCGAAAAAAAAUUUUUUUUUGAUGCGAUAUGCCGCGUUUUACUUUGGUGUAUUUGUCGGUGCUUCAUUUCCCAAUCAUCAUGUGUUCGAGGGAAUCUAAUAGUGAUCCCGGAAUACUAGUCUAUCCUCUGCUCUUUGAAACGAGGAGUGAAAAUGGAGAGAGGGCUGUCCACUUAAGUGAUGGAAACUUUGUGCACCUGCACAAAGCUACCGUACUGCACGAUACAUUGACUGUGCACUCAUUCGAGAAGAACAAACGCAUCGUUCGAACGAUUGAAUCCAAGGAUAUCGAAGGAAAUCUUUACGAAAACAAAAAAACAUUGGCUUCUCUUCUUCUGGAAGAAACUGCAAAUGGAAUUGUGAUGGAGGGCCUUGUAAACCACACGUACCGCAUUCAACCUUUGUUUGAAGCUGAAAGGUCUGAAAGCGGACAAAUUGCUCACAGACUAUAUGUGGUGAAGUCACACAAAGCAAAUGUUAUUAAAUCAAUUCCAGAAUUUGAACCUUUGCCUGAGGAUUUUAUUGCAGGUGAGUUAGCACUGUAUUUGUCGUGGCAUCACACAUUGCCAUAAAAUUUCUGUUUCAGAGGCCAGAAGCGAACUUCCAAGUGUUUUUCGUCCUGACGUGUUUCUAAUAUCCGAUUAUGAACACAACAGGCAUUUCUCGAGCCUUAAAAAACUGGUGAAAUAUCUCGUCGUACUAUUCAA